AUGCCAAAUGCUGGUGGCCAGUAUUUCUGGGCAAACGAGCUGGCGCCCAAAAAAUAUGCAAACUUCGCAUCAUACCUCACCGGAUGGUUUGCCUGGGCAGGAAGCAUUUUCACAUCUGCAAGUGUUGCUCUGAGUCUAGGACUAGUUGGUGUAGGGAUGUAUCAGCUAGCGCAUCCUGAUUUCGUACCUGAGGCGUGGCACGCUGUUGUUGCGUAUCAAGUCAUCAACACUUUCGCGUUCUUGUUCAACUGUGUGGGCAAACUUCUCCCCAAAGUUGCAACAGUGACCUUAUACACAUCGCUCAUUUCGUUCAUCACCAUUUUGAUAACCGUCCCAUCCAGGGCGGAGACGCACCAAAGCCCUAAAUUCGUCUUUGCGACUUUUAUCAACUCCACUGGUUGGAAAUCAAACGGCAUUGCGUAUCUGGUUGGUCUGAUCAACUGCAAUUGGGUGUUCGCCUGUCUCGAUUCCGCAACGCACAUGGCGGAGGAGGUCGCGAGUCCGGAAAGAGCCAUCCCAAUCGCCAUCAUGGGCACCGUUGCUAUUGGCUUCACCACUGCAUGGUGCUUUGUCAUCUCCAUGUUUUUUAGCCUAAACGACUUCGAAGCCGUUGUGAACAGCGCGACGGGGGUGCCUAUUCUGGAACUUUUCCACCAAGCUCUAAACAGCCGAGCUGGUGCCAUCGCGUUGCAAUCUCUUAUCCUGGCUACUGGCAUGGGAUGUCAAAUUGCCUCGCAUACUUGGCAAUCCCGACUUUGCUGGUCAUUCGCUCGGGAUCGGGGCUUGCCGUUUCACUCCUGGAUCUCAAAAAUCGACCCUAGGCUGGAUGUUCCCUUCCUUGCCCAUUCAUUCAGCUGCGCUAUUGUCGGUGUGCUUGGACUCCUCUACCUCGGAUCUUCGGCUGCAUUCAACAGCAUGGUCACAGCUUGCAUUGUCCUGCUGUACGUCUCAUACGCCAUUCCCAUAAUCUGCCUUCUUAUCCGUGGCCGCAACAAUAUCCAACAUGGCCCCUUCUGGCUUGGAAAGGUCGGACUCGCAGCAAACAUUAUCGUGCUUGCCUGGACAUUAUUUACCAUUGUCAUUUUCUCUUUCCCGUCCGUGUAUCCUGUCGAAGUUGGAAGGAAUAGAAACUAA